GAGCCCGCCGGGAUGGCCCAUCUGCGGGAAUUCGCCAGCCAGCACUCCAGGGUGGACCCCGAGGAGCUGUUCACCAAGCUGGAGCGCAUCGGCAAGGGAUCCUUCGGYGAAGUGUACAAGGGCAUCGACAACCGCACCAAGGAGGUGGUGGCCAUCAAGAUCAUYGACCUGGAGGAGGCCGAGGAUGAAAUCGAGGACAUUCAGCAGGAGAUUACAGUGCUCAGCCAGUGUGAUAGCCCCUACAUCACCCGAUACUACGGCUCCUACCUGAAGGGCACGAAACUGUGGAUCAUCAUGGAGUACCUGGGAGGAGGUUCAGCCCUGGAUUUGCUAAAGCCUGGGCCUCUGGAAGAGACUUACAUAGCUACUAUCCUACGGGAAAUCCUGAAGGGUCUGGACUACCUACACUCGGAGAGGAAGAUCCACAGGGACAUCAAAGCUGCCAACGUGCUGCUUUCGGAACAAGGAGAUGUGAAACUGGCCGACUUCGGCGUGGCUGGGCAGCUGACAGACACCCAGAUCAAGAGAAACACCUUUGUYGGGACGCCGUUCUGGAUGGCGCCAGAGGUCAUCAAACAGUCGGCUUAUGACUUCAAGGCAGACAUCUGGUCCCUUGGAAUCACAGCCAUUGAACUAGCAAAGGGAGAGCCCCCGAACUCUGACUUGCAUCCUAUGAGGGUUCUCUUCCUCAUCCCCAAAAAUAACCCUCCGACGUUGGAAGGACAUCACAGCAAGCCCUUCAAGGAGUUUGUGGAAGCCUGCCUCAACAAGGAUCCCAGAUUUAGGCCGACGGCUAAAGAGUUGCUAAAGCACAAGUUCAUCACGCGCUACACCAAGAAAACCUCAUUCCUCAUGGAGCUCAUCGACCGCUUCAAGCGCUGGAAGUCCGAGGGCCACGGGGAGGAUUCCAGUUCUGGUGACUCUGACAUCGAUGGAGACACAGAAGAUGGAGACCAGGGUCCAAUCUGGACGUUCCCACCAACUAUUCGCCCCAACUCCUUGGGCAAGCUGCACAAAGGAAUGGCCCUUCACGGUUCCCAGAAGCCUAGUGAGCCCAUCAAGAGGCAGCCGCGGUCACAGUGUCUCUCCACCCUUGUCCACCCGGUUUUUGGGGAGCUGAAGGACAAGCACAAGCAGACCGGAGGCAACGUGGGAGCCAUGGAGGAGCUGGAGAACGCCUUCAGCUUGGCCGAGGAGUCCUGCCCAGGCAUCUCUGACAAACUCAUAGCACACAUGGUGGAGCGGGUGCAGAGGUUUUCACACAGUCGGAACCACCUGACUUCUGCCCGCUGACACCCACAUUCCCUGCUGCUGUUUUGAGGAGGGAAGAAAGGAUUUUUCUUUUUCUGUUUWCUUUUUGUUUUUCUGGCUUCAUAAGAGCUACACAUGAACCCCGACCACCAUCUGCUGUUGGAUGUAACAUGGUGUUACGGACUCCAGGACAUUUCAGAGCCUUCAUGUACACGUGUUUCCAUGAUAACCCAGGGUGGGGUUUGCAAUGCAAGUACAAUUUAGACCUUUUGCAGAGCCCGAGACGGGCGGUCUAAUUGUUUUUACAAUGUACUCGAUGCCGUUUUUAAUUGUUUCCCUCUGGCUGUAUCCAUUUUGGCUUGGUUUGGUUCACAGCUUCUUCUAGGUAAGUGCCGGGAGAGUGGCUUYGCAGUGAAAGCUCCGUUUUCAAAGGCACCUCUGAUGGUGGGUUCAGCCUCCUGCCCUUCCCAAGGAGUGUCUGGGAGCGGUACCGCCACACGCUGCUUGUUCACCAGGAUCCUUUGGACUCCUUCACAUGCUGGGAAAGAAAAGCGUUCAGUGGCAGUGGGCUGAAACGUUGGAGCUUGUUGGGGGGGGGUCUCUGCUUGCUCCUCCUGUCACAGGAGGGUGGAGGCGCUGCCUGUGCUCCUCUCUUGGUGUCUUGGGCCUCAGCAAAGGCUGCCGUGGGGCAGYGCAAAGAGGUUGUGCUCUGGUCUGGAAGGGCUGAGGAGCAGAUAAGGGUCCUCUCCUUGCUGCUUUCUGCAGCCCAGGGGGCCACAUCAGUGGCUUUUGGUGGCCCUGGACUUUAAGUUGAGUGGCCACCCCAUGGUGCUUGCACCAGUGUUGCAGAAGGGUUUAAAAAAAGGAUGGGGGAUAAGAAAACCAAAGGCACUGACAGGGCUUCAGUUCCUCAAAAGGCAAUUUCACCUUUCCUAGAGGUUUUUGAGGCAAAAAAAAAAAGCCCCUGUCCUCUGCAAGAAGGUGAAAAUCAGAUGGGAAASAGCAGCAGUGUCUGGCUGUUGCAGUUUGGGUAGCAAAUCUGCCCCAGGCCCCCAUCCCCUUCCUCUCAACAUUCCCACACCGKCUCUGCUUGCAGUUUGGGAGCUAAACUGAAGCCAGGGCUUUGCUCCAGGUGCUGCUAACGUCAGCAGGGAGAUUAAAGUUGCUGCUGCAUCAGYGAGUUGCAGCGGAGCCACCCCAUGGCGCUUUGCUUUAUCGGACUAGUUCCUCGAGCAGAUCUUUAAUUCAGGUUGAUGAUCUUAAAUCUCUCCUCGAGAGGUCCAGGAAACCAGAUGUAGGACGCUGACUCCUGGGCGCUCUAAGCGUAAGGAGGUUGCUGUUCAGUCGGCGCGAGUCGGAGACCCCCGAGGCUCCUCUGAAUGACGCGGCUGCCCYGCGAGCCGCCGAGAGCUGCUCGGCGUUCCUGUUCUUCAAGCUAGGCCCCUUUGUGCGUGAGCAAGCUGAGACUUUCCUCUUUUUUGGUACUUGGAUUCAGGUUUUAAGUGUUGUUGGGCUCAGAGGGAGCACCCGUUUCUGCCGUGCCGGGGUCCUACGGCCGCUGWAGUGUCCCGCUCCCCUUUACC